AUGUACCUAAGAGCCGAUUACACAAACGUCGCUUUAAAGAAGACGGCUUAUAAUAGUAACAACUCCUCUUCUGCCCAGGUCGGGGUUGAUGGGGAUAUAUAUAACGACCUAUUAUGUAUUGCAGCUUCUUAUAACCCACCGUGGUUCGUUGUCGACCUGUUGAAUGGCUAUCAAGUUAAACACGUGGUACUUUAUAAUAGGCGAGAUUGUACUGGCUGCGACUACCGUUUGUACAUGUUUAUGGUCGGACUCUUCAACAAUUUCGAUCCAAAUGUAAACAAAACGAUCGUUAAAAAGAGUUAUGACCUCUGCGGACAGUGGCCAACAACUGUUUUUACGGCUGGUCAGCCGAUGAGAAUCGACUGCGCCAAUGAGAAGUUGUUUUCGAAAUUUGUAAUCAUUCAACAGUGGCAAGAUAGUGAUUCAUUGAAUAUUGUUAGACAAUUUGAAUUUGCUGAACUGGAAGUUUAUGCGAAUGCUGAUAGGUUGAGCAAUUUUAAAGUCGGACUAUCCAACAAUUUCGAUCCAAGAAAUAAAAAUUCAAUUCUUGGAAAUUACGAACUAUGUGCAAAAUGGCCAGGAAUCGGUUUAUAUGGCAAGCAGCCAAUGAAAGUGAUUUGUACAAAUAAAACUUUUUAUUCGAGGUAUGUCAUCGUUCAACCUACCACUAAUGUGGACCUGACAUUUGGCGAAAUGGAAGUUUAUGGCACAGAAAACUCUACUGAGAAGUUUUAUGGCUGCUUCAAAACAUUUCAAACUCAAAAAACUUUCAAUGAAUCAUCGUUAGAAAUAUGUCUGAGUCUGUGCAAGCAGUCUGACAUUAACUACGCUACAGUAAAAAUGGAGCAAGAUAAAAAAACUUGUUUCUGUGGAACCCCUGUGGAACCCUACCCAUCUUAUUCCUUCUGCUCUUCGAGUUGUGAUGCGAGCGGAGUUUGUACUGAAACAUCAAUCUAUGCCGUCUAUAUGGCAAAGACACCUUCAAUAAACUGGACGUACAUGGGAUGUUACCAAGAUAGAGACGAUAAGGAUCUCGUCGUUCAAACUCUAAACUUGGAUACAAUGACGGUUGAGACCUGCACUCAAAAAUGUUACACGAGAAAUUUCUUGUUCGCCGGUUUGCAGUACGGGCUAUGCUUUUGUGGAAACUCGUUUGGAAAAUAUGGAAGAGCAAAGGAAAGUGACUGCAGUGGUGGAAAUCUGUUACAAAAAUGCGGAGGAAAAUAUUUUAACAGCCUAUAUUUCCUUUAUAAUACUUACGGCACAAACAAAAGUUACUCCGACAUCUAUCACUGCUCCAACCAGUCAAAUUUCACUCCUUGGUUGACUUGCGAGUCUAAAAGUUGUGACCCCGGCUGGAAUGGAGAUGCCUGUGAUAAAAGAGAUUGCUUGGUUAACAACGGUAACUGUGGUACAGCUCAUAGAUGUUAUUCAUUCAAAGUUGGGGCUGCAACGCUGACGGAAUGUGUUUGCAAGAGCGGGUACAUGAAGACCUACUACAACGAUGACUGCAUUUCAUACAUAUAUCCAGGUGCCGAAAAAUGUCCCGACAACAAACUCGUUUGCAAAAAACCAUCAGAAAUAUGCGCUAGUAUGAACGGUUCCUACGUUUGCCAGUGUUCAUCCGGGUACGAACGAAUUAACAAUGUUUGCUCUGUUCCAAUUGAAAGACAAGUUAUGAUAGCUUUCGUCGUGAUAGCGGGCGUGUUUCUCUUGGCAAACAUCUCAUUGAUCAUUUACAUUUGUUACAAAAGUGGAAAAUGGUCAAAAUCGAACACCAAGCAAUCUCCACCAACCCCUGUGAAAGCGGCAUCUAGCUUGCCGCCAAAUCUCUCGCGUUACCACAACACAAACGUCGUCGCCACUAAUUACAACACGUCAAUUGAUGAGGCGAACGACGACGCCGACAAUGUGGAUUACGACUACACUGGGCCCAACUUCAACGAUGCCACCUGGACGAGAGAUCAAAAAAUCAUAUCUAGUAAAAGAAAUACCAUGAUUAGUAAUAACACGUAA